UCUUUUAUUGCUAUCUAAGAUUUAGGUUUAGUUUAAAUAGGCCGGUUGCGAGAAUAUUUUCAUUCUGUGUCAGAAACAAGAAAAAUCGACCAACAUGAAAAUCAUCGGAUUCGCUCUCUUUGCAUUGUUGGCCACAGCCAACUCCUUGCCUCAGCAAGUUCAAUCCUCGAACUUGAAAGACUCAAGGGUCCUAGACCAAAUUGUCAAUGAACUUAUUAAAUCUAUCGUUGAGCUGAUCAAGGAGCGCAAACUUGACCCGUACGUCGUUCCGCUGGCUGAAGGAGAAAUCGCUCUUGGCGGAAUCCUCUUCGCCAGCGGUCGUGUCGACAACUUCGUGCUCUCCGGCCUCAGCAACAUUGUCGUCAACUCUGUCAGCUUCUCGGGCUCUGAAUUGGAUAUCGACAUCUCUCUGCCUAGAAUUGCGGCCAGUGUUGAUAAUGUCAUUGGUGACGUGACUAUUGGAAGCAGGAACAUUCAAGGUGAAUUUAGUGGAAGAAUAGCUAUUGUAGACCUUCGCUUGGCCGCACGUAUCAGCCUGGGACUCUCUGCAUACCUUCUUGAUGAUUUGAGCCUUUCAUGCCAACUUGGAGGAAUUGAAGCCGACUUCAGCUCCUUCGUGCUCCAAGGCAAUGACGUCACUGACAGUGUCAACAACUUCGUUGGAAACACCUUGCCCAAUCUGCUCAUCCAAUACGAGAAAUCAAUUAUUAAUACAACAAUUUCAGAGAAAUCGACCAACAUGAAAAUCAUCGGAUUCGCUCUCUUUGCAUUGUUGGCCACAGCCAACUCCUUGCCUCAGCAAGUUCAAUCCUCGAACUUGAAAGACUCAAGGGUCCUAGACCAAAUUGUCAAUGAACUUAUUAAAUCUAUCGUUGAGCUGAUCAAGGAGCGCAAACUUGACCCGUACGUCGUUCCGCUGGCUGAAGGAGAAAUCGCUCUUGGCGGAAUCCUCUUCGCCAGCGGUCGUGUCGACAACUUCGUGCUCUCCGGCCUCAGCAACAUUGUCGUCAACUCUGUCAGCUUCUCGGGCUCUGAAUUGGAUAUCGACAUCUCUCUGCCUAGAAUUGCGGCCAGUGUUGAUAAUGUCAUUGGUGACGUGACUAUUGGAAGCAGGAACAUUCAAGGUGAAUUUAGUGGAAGAAUAGCUAUUGUAGACCUUCGCUUGGCCGCACGUAUCAGCCUGGGGCUCUCUGCAUACCUUCUUGAUGAUUUGAGCCUUUCAUGCCAACUUGGAGGAAUUGAAGCCGACUUCAACUCCUUCGUGCUCCAAGGCAAUGACGUCACUGACAGUGUCAACAACUUCGUUGGAAACACCUUGCCCAAUCUGCUCAUCCAAUACGAGAACGAAAUCAACCGUUUCUUCGAGAGAUUCAUCAUCAGUAUUGUCGAGCGCCUGUCCUAGAAUGUCGUCAUUAUUUUUU